UCGUUUGCACAACUUGUGAAGAAGCGAACACUUCCAUGGAUUGUCCUUGGACUUAGGGCGCCCUGCCCGCCUUUUGCAGAGGAGAGAAAACUUUUUUUUUGCCUCCCCCGAGAAACUUUCCCCCCCUCCUCCCCACCUCUGCCUCCAACCCCCCUUCCAACACUCCACGCCAUCUCGCCAAAAAAAAAAAAUAUUCCCCCAAUCCACGCCUGCAAAUUCUUCUGGAAGGAUUUUUUUUCUCCCCUCUCUCCAGAUUGGGCGAGUUUGGUGCAAGAUUCCCGGGAUCUUCGGCUUUGCCUUUCUUCCCCCUCCCCCCUCCUUUCCUCUUUCCUCUCCUUCCUUUCUUCCUGUCCUCCCCCCACCCCACCCCCCCACACAAGAGCCCCCAAUUCUCGUCGGUCCUCGCCGCGGGCAGCGGGCGGCGAAGGCAGCGCGCCGCGGUCGCCGGGAGCCGGGAGCCCAGGGCGCCCGCUCCGGGGCGCAGCAUGUUCCAGCCGGCGCCCAAGCGCUGCUUCACCAUCGAAUCGCUGGUGGCCAAGGACAGUCCCCUGCCCGCCUCGCGCUCCGAGGACCCCAUCCGUCCCGCGGCGCUCAGCUACGCCAACUCCAGCCCCAUAAAUCCGUUCCUCAACGGCUUCCACUCGGCCGCCGCCGCCGCCGCCGCCGCGGGCAGGGGCGUCUACUCCAACCCGGACUUGGUGUUCGCCGAGGCGGUCUCGCACCCGCCCAACCCCGCCGUGCCCGUGCACCCGGUGCCGCCGCCGCACGCCCUGGCCGCCCACCCCCUGCCCUCCUCGCACUCGCCACACCCCCUCUUCGCCUCGCAGCAGCGCGACCCGUCCACCUUCUACCCCUGGCUCAUCCACCGCUACCGGUAUCUGGGUCAUCGCUUCCAAGGGAACGACACGAGUCCCGAGAGUUUCCUUUUGCACAACGCGCUGGCCCGAAAACCCAAGCGGAUCCGAACCGCCUUCUCGCCGUCCCAGCUCCUGCGGCUGGAACACGCCUUUGAGAAGAACCACUACGUGGUGGGCGCCGAGAGGAAGCAGCUGGCGCACAGCCUCAGCCUUACCGAAACUCAGGUAAAAGUAUGGUUUCAAAACCGGCGGACGAAGUUCAAAAGGCAGAAGCUGGAGGAAGAAGGCUCAGAUUCACAACAAAAGAAAAAAGGGACGCACCACAUUAAUCGGUGGAGAAUUGCCACCAAGCAAGCGAGUCCGGAGGAAAUAGACGUGACCUCAGAUGAUUAAAAACACAAACCUAACCCCGCAGAAAUGGACAGCAACAUGGAAAAGAAAAAGAAAACAGACUGGGAAAGAAGGGGAAGAAGGAAAAAAAAUCCUACAAAACAAAAACCGCACACACAUUGAGAAAGGGAGAGAGGAUCUGAGGAGCGACUUUGUGCUUCGCAGACUUUGGACAGCGAGGGCGCUGGGUCCCAGUUGGAGACCAGGCAGGGAUGGCGGAAGAUGGAGACUCCUUCAUCAACGUACAACCCUCGUCUAAAGAGGCAGCUGAGUGAGUGAUUGAAUGAUUGAGUGAGUGAGGUAGAAGAAGGGAAGGGAGAGAGAGAGAGAGAGAGGGAGAGAGAGAGAGAGAGAGAGAGUGCUAGCCCAGUGUGGCAAAGCUGACCUCGCACUCUGACAAGGGGAGCUGUCAGUCAAAUGCCAAACCAGGGAGACAAGAUGAUUGGCAGGUAUUCCGUUUAUCACAGUCCACUUAAAAUAUGAUAAUAAUAAUGUUUUUAUACAAAAAUCCAACCCAACCAGGCACAGGACUUUUAAUUUUGCACUUCCAAGUGUUCUUCCCCAAUCUUAAAAAAUUAGUAAUAACAAGUGAAAUUCCAUAUCUAGCCCCAUCCCACACCUGUUUCAAAAACUUGAAUUGCAUGUAGCAGUUGUUGGGUGAAUGGUGUCUAAAAACAAAUGAAUUGUAAUUUUAUUUCCCCUUCCUUUUUUUUAAAGACAGGUUCUGUGUGUUUUUUAAUUUUUAUUUUUAUUUUGGAGAAACGUGCAGUCUGUAAACACUUUUUGAUACCUUCUCUCAUGUCAAAGUGAUUGUGAACGCUAAAUGAAAUAGGCUUGGAGAUAGUGGUCCUCUUACAGAGAAACGGGGGGAACAGGAUGGGGUCAGGGAUGGGGGUGGUGUGGGAGGGUGUCCACAAGAAGAAUCAGGACUUGUGCUGGGGGAGGAAAAAAAUCCUUCAAAUUAAUUAUAAUUCUUGGACAAUCCCUUUCCCAACAUUCUGAAGCUUAAAAAAAAUCAUGAAAUAAGCUUCUCCUUUUAGUGGUUGAAGAAAUUGGCGGAGUUCAACCACUCACAAUAAUGAUCUAUUCAAAACUUACAAUCUACCUAUUGCAAAAGCUGAAGGACUGUAGUUAGCAAGGAUAAUGCUAGUAUGCCAAGGACACCGGCAAAUUUUCAAGCAGAGUUUCUCUUCCAAGACCAUAGACUUACUAAAGAGAGUGACAAAUGCUUCCUUAAUGUCUUCUAUACCAGAAUGUAAAUAUUUUUGUGUUUUGUGUUAAUUUGUUAGAAUUCUAACACACUAUAUACUUCCAAGAAGUAUGUCAAUGUCAAUAUUUUGUCAAUAAAGAUUUAUCAAUAUGCCCUCA